AUGGCCCAAGAGGACGAGUUCGGCCCUGCCUGUCCGAUUCCCCUAGUUUACCAGCCUCAUGAACGUGUUGAACAGCUUAAAGAACUCCUAGACUAUCCUGAAAACCAACGCCAAAGGAUCAAUAUUAUGGCACUCAUACGGAUGUAUGAAAGUGGGGAGCUUGGGCCCCUUACAACCGGUCCUAGAAUGUGGCUCUGUGAUGGGAAGAUCAUGGAUAAGUCGCUCAUCAAAGAGAACGGUAUUCCUAAAAUUCCUAAAGGGUCCGUUGUAUGGGCUGAGGGAAUUGAGAUGCAGAUGAAGGAGGGUCACCUCUAG